AUCAGUUCAAAACACCUUCUUUCUUCCUCCAUUUUCGAGCUCCAAAGGUUUUAGAGAGAGAGAAACUUCAAAUCUUCAUAUCUUCUUCAUUUUAGCUCCAAAUUAUGUCUGGAGGAAGACGUGACGAUCCCAUUUUCGAGGAGCCACCACUAGGACGGGAAGACCCGCCGCCACAGCCUGAUAUCCCCUUUGCUACUAUUGCUGAUCGCAGACGCUUCCAGGCAUGGGGGCAAUACCGCACACUCCUUCCUCCCAUGAUCCUGGACCCGACGAUGCUAGAGGAAUGGGGGUACUGGGAUGACAUUGAUGCCCUGCUAGGAGACUCUUUAUGGCGGAGGAUUCUAUUCGUUCAGGAGAGGGCCAGCCUUCCAUUGACGAUGGAGUUUCUGUGCUCCGUUCAGUUCACUCAUUACGGACAGGCUGUGCAGGAGGGUGCUGUUAUUGGGUCAGAGUCUCGGAUGAGGUUUACUAUUCUAGGCAUGGAGCACUCCAUCACUGUGGCUGAGCUCGGAUGGAGGAUGGGGCUCUAUACCCCAGCAUACACACAGACUGAGGAGUUCCGCGCUCUUCCGACCCGCUUACCCGAGGCAUUUGACAUUGAUGAGUUCUGGCACAGACACUCCACAGACACCAGAUCAUUUCUCCGGAUGCACCCCCAUUCGAACAAAUGGAGGGAGACUCACUGGUACAUACUCUCGUUCGUACUUUCUUGUGGUUUUUUUGGACGACCUAACAACACAAACAGGUUGUCCAAAAAGGACAUACUAUUCUUUUGGAGUUUGAUUCACCGCAUCCCGGUGAAUAUGGCUGUCCUUAUGGCUCGUUUCUUCCGGAGCCAGGGGAAGACUGUGCGGCGCACUAUCCAGGCAGGGCCUUUCAUCACUACUCUCGUUAGAUCAUUCUACCCAGAUCUAGACAUUCCAGGACUAGUGCACUUACACGAUAGCAUCCGCGUUCUUCGAUCCUCAUCCUUUACCAACAUGAGGAUCAAGAAGAAGCGGAACACUCAGGAGCUCCCAGGUAUUGAGCAGCCGACCCAGCAGAGUAGUUCUUCUCGACCCUCAGGACAUGAGGGAUCUAGCGAGCCCUUUUCAUACAUGCCUAGCGCCGCAGAUUGGAGAGCGAUGAUGGAUGGGAUGAGGAGUCUACAGACCUCAGUCUCAGAGAUGCGGGUUGCACAGGACAGAGGAUUCCAGGAGAUGCGAGAUGCGCAUGAGACGGCCCUGGGAGAGUUCAGAGACUUUCGAUUAGCUCAGGAGAGAGCCACCCGGGAUAUGCAGGCGGAGCUAGAGACCCAGAGGCUAGAUAUUGAUGAG